UUGUGGAUAUACUUCCCAUUGGUGAUUUGGAGAUUGGACAUCUGUUCUGACAGUUAGCAAAUGGCCCUGGGAAUGCAUGGCUGGGUUCUACUUCUACUUUCAGUUGCCGCGGCAUCCAAGCAGGCUUUACACAGGAUCUCUCUGAAGAAAAUGCCCUCCAUCAGAGAGACUUUACAGGACAUGGGGAUCACCCCAGAAGAGAUCAUCGCACAGCUGAUCCAGAAGAGGGGUGACAGUCCCUCACCUCGCAAUGGCACAGCUCCUACCCCACUAACCAACUAUCUGGAUACUCAGUAUUUUGGGGAGAUAAGUAUAGGGUCCCCAGCUCAGAUGUUCAAUGUGGUGUUUGACACAGGCUCGGCCAAUCUGUGGAUUCCGUCCUAUAACUGCUCCCCACUUUACACAGCUUGUUUCACUCAUAACAGGUAUGAUGGAUCUAAAUCUCACACACAUAUACAGAAUGGCACAGGCUUCUCUAUCCAGUAUGCCUCUGGGAAUGUGCGAGGUUUCCUGAGCGAGGAUGUGGUUGUGGUGGGGGGCAUCCCAGUGGUGCAGGUGUUUGCAGAGGCCACAGCACUUCCAGCCAUCCCAUUUGUUUUUGCAAAGUUUGAUGGCGUGCUGGGAAUGGGCUACCCUGACGUGGCCAUUGAUGGCAUUACACCAGUAUUUGACCGCAUCAUGUCCCAGCAUGUACUCAAAGAGGAGGUAUUCUCUGUGUACUACAGCAGAGAUCCAAAGCGAAAGCCUGGUGGAGAGCUUGUUCUCGGUGGGACAGAUCCUGACUAUUACACAGGGUCCUUCAGCUACCUGGAUACCAAAGAGGAGGGGAAAUGGGAGGUCAGCAUGAAAGGAGUGUCUGUGGGCACAGAUAUGUUGUUCUGUAAGGAGGGAUGUACAGCUGUGAUUGACACUGGCUCCUCCUACAUCACAGGCCCCGCCUCAUCAAUCUCUGUUUUGAUGAAGACAAUUGGUGCCACUGAACUGGCCGAGGGUGGGUACACAGUGAACUGUGAUCUGGUCAAAUCCCUACCCAGCGUGACCUUUCAUCUUGGAGGUCAGGAAUAUCCACUCACAGAAGAGGACUACAUCCUCUGGCAAUCGCAGUUUGGAGAAGACAUCUGCACUGUCACGUUCAAAGGCCUCGACGUUCCGCCCCCAACUGGCCCCAUCUGGAUCCUGGGGGCUAAUUUCAUUGCCCGCUACUACACUGAGUUUGAUCGACAUAACAAUCGAAUAGGCUUUGCUAAAGCCGUGUGACAGGCAUACCUGAUAUUUUUUGUCUGUGACUUUUUGUGUCAUUUGUUUUGCAGUUCUUUGUUUCUCUUCCUUGAGUCUUUGCUAUACUUCUAGUUUCUCUUCCAUUUCUUGAGUUAACCUGCCAACACUGGUUCCAUGUAUAGCAGCAUGAAGCUGCAUAACUGCUGAAAACACAAGAAAUAGCUUUUAAACAAUAUUUUACUCACAUUGUUAACACUGGACUGAAAGACUUUAGUUUGCUGUUGUUAGGGCAGACAGUGAGGCAAUGGUGUUUGGCCAUAAUUUACUAUCUCUUAAGUUAAGUUUGUCAGGGAAAAAAGAUACCCAGAAAUGCCAUACACAUACUAUUAACAAAUUAAGUUUUGCCGCUGCCAAUUUGCAGUGACGUGUUUUGUUAAAGAAUGAAACUUCAUUAUAAUGAGGCUGUGAGCUUUUCCGUCAUUCAAACAGACUAAAUUCCUCUACUGAUUGCACUAAAAUGU